CAUCAUGUGAGAUGAUAAGCGCGGGGCUGAGCUUCCCCAGCCUCGUCGGAGGCGCUCAUAUAAGGGUCCAGGCCAGGAGGACAACCCCAAAGGUGUCCAAUCCACCCAAGAUCUACCCCUCAUGACGAAAUGGCCACCCUCGCCUUAGCCAUCCGUCCGCCACCGCUUGAUUCCCCUACAGACAUUGCCCUCAUCUGGCAAGAAGCCAUUCAUCGAUACGAGCAGAUCACCGACCAGAAGAUUGGCGCUUUGGAACCAGUCACCAGUGUUGAUGGACUGUUGCGCCAGACUCGAAAGACGGCGUCACGGUUUCGCCUUCAUCGUCAUGAUAAUGGUAAACUGGAUAAGCUCCGCACCUUAAUCGGAAAGAGCUUGGGGAUGGUGGAGGCCGUUGGGAAUAUCGUUGGCUCGGCGGCUUCUCUCGCAUUUGCGCCCAGCACGGUUAUACUGUCUGCAGUGAAUUACUUACUCAAGACAGCCAAAUCCGUUUCAUCCGACUACGACACCCUCAAUGAUUUCUUCAAGGACUUGGAUCAAUAUCUCAGCCAACUGAAGAUCUUGGAAGGAUCUAUCCCUCCUAUGCCGGAAUUGCACGCUGCGCUUGCUAGGGUCCUUACCUCGGUGUUGGUUCUUUGUGGGGUGUCGGUGAAAUAUACUCGCCAGAAUAGAUUUCUCAAGGGAUUCAAGAACCUGGUCAAAGGGGAAGAUAGCGAACUACGGGCUGCAUACGCGGAGUUUCACAGAUCAGUCGAAAAUGAGAACAUUGCUGUCAGAAAUGCGACUCUAGUUGAGUUACAACGAAGCUUGGUUAUCUCUACACGUACGGAGCAAAAGACUGAGACGAUUGUUACUCAUACUGAGAGGAUUAAUCAGUAUGUCGAAGAUCGAGAGGAUAAAGAGGCACACGAUGCUAUUGCUUCCGAACGCGAGGAUAUUUUGAGGUCACUGUCAUCAGUGAAAUUCCAUGAUAAGCACCAUGACGUUCUCGCAAAGCAUCAUCCAAAUACUGGACAAUGGCUACUGGAUAGUGAUGAGUUCCAACAGUGGUUUCACGGAGAUAAGUGUACUACUCUAUGGUGUACCGGAACUGCUGGUACCGGCAAAACUGUGUUGACGUCCGUCGCGGUUGAUUAUGUCCAGCAGAAGGCUUUUUCUGGAAAUAUUGCAGUGGCAUAUGUGUAUUGCGACUACAAAGAUCCAAUGACAAAAAGCGGCGGUGAACUAAUCGCAAGCUUAUCCCAACAGCUCGCCGAGCAGAUAGAUACAGUGCCCACAGAGUUGAAACGCUUUCACGAGAAGAAGCAGCAGAAAACAAGAGCUGUCACCAAUGAGGAUCGUCUGUCGGUCAUGAAGUCUCUCGUCACUCAUUUUUCUCGGGUCCACAUCUUCAUUGAUGCCCUUGUAAGUUAUAUCUUCAACAUCAACAUGUCAAGCUUUGUGUCCGGUCAUUAUCUGAAAGUAAUGCAAUCUGAUUACCAAUGUGGUUACUAGGAUGAAUGCUCCAAAGACAAUCGAGACAAAUUUCUCUGGUACCUGAAGAGAAUGCAGGGAUUUAUGCACAUCUUUAUCACCUCUCGACCACAUGUCGAUCUUGACUCAUACCUUGUUCAUAUAUCAAGGCUCGAAAUAGUGGCACGAGAAUCUGAUAUAAAAGAGUACUUAUUGUCUGAGAUUGACAGAGACACCAGCCUGACCAAAUUGAUCGCGCGAGAUCCACAGCUCAGGGAGGAGAUUAUACACAGUAUUAGUGCCAAGGCAAAAGGAAUGUAAGUUCU